AUGUCUCGCAUUCGCAUUGCCAUAAUCGGUCUCUCUGCCUCAGCCAUCACGGCUUGGGCCGCCUCCGCCCACCUCCCUUACCUACUUUCAUCUCACGGUCGGAAACAUUUUGAAAUUGUCGCCCUGCUCAAUUCUAGCGUUUCGUCCGCCGAAGCAGCACGCACAACCUUUAACCUCCCACCCACGGUCAAAGCCUACGGCGACCCCAGCGCCCUCGCCCAAAUGUCAGAUAUUGAUCUGGUAGUUUGCUGCACGCGUGUAGACGUCCAUUUUCGCACCAUAGAGCCUAGCAUACGGGCAGGGAAAGCAGUCUUCGUGGAGUGGCCGUUAGCUGAAAAUCUGUCCCGCGCUCUCGAACUCACGGGCGAUAGGCCGAUGUCAAAUAGCAUCAUUGGAUUGCAAGGACGCGUCUCACCUGUCACGCUGCGCCUCAAGGCACUGCUCGCGGAAGGGGUUAUAGGGAAAGUGGUCAGCAGCCAUGUGUCAUCUUACGGCGCAUUGCUCCCACGCGAUGCACUACCGGAGGAUAUGGAGUAUUUCGCCGAGCGGAAGUAUGGUGGCAACCCCAUUAUCAUUGAAAAUGGCCACAGCCUCGACUGGUUACAUGAGGUCCUUGGUGAGUUCGAGGAGUUUGAGAGUAGGAUGCAGAUUCAGCGUUCGGAAGUGAAGGUUCUAGGCAAGGAUGGGAAGGUGAAAGAGACAAUCGGGACGGAUGUUCCAGAUCUUCUUAGCAUCCAAGGAACACUCAAAGCAAGAGAAGGUGAAAGUGGAGUUGUACAGGGCGCGUUAUUCACACAUAUCUUUCGUCAUGGGACGCCGUUUAAAGGGCGGGCUGGGUUGACGUGGACCAUAAAUGGAGAGAAGGGGGAAUUGCAGAUCACAAUGGGCGAAAGGUUCCUGUUCUUAGAAGAUCCGAUCACCAUUCAGCUGCAUGACCACGCUACAGACGAUGUAAUGGAGUUGACCUGGGAUUGGGCUGAUUGGCAAAAGGAGUUGCCUAUCAAGGCGAGAGGUGUUGCAGAGUUGUACGAGAGGUAUGCGCAAUGGAAGAAGUCUGGGCAAGGACGCGUCACGAAGGGCAGGGAGUGGCCUACUCUGGCCGAUGCCAUGCUGAGGACAAGGCAGCUCGAUAAGAUUUUCCGCCAGUUCGAUCAGGCCGAGGGCAGGCGAGCAAAUGGAAAGGCUUGUGGCUGA